CACAGGCCGACGGUACUGUAUCUCAAAUCAUACCGGCAAAAAGCUAACAAUUUCAACAACUACGACAAGUUACUUGCUGUGAAUUUAUAUCGUCGGCCAUCGUGGAAGAGUCAUAGUCAUGUGUGGAUUAAUGUCCUAAAAGAAUUGAACUGUCUCAGGAAACUUGCAACGCAAGACGUGAAGUUACACCCCGUCAGGUUUUGUCUGACUCCUGGGUCGCAAGGCGGUUACACACCUGCAUGGUACGCCGUGGGUUGUCGUCGUUCCACGGCAUGAUUUCCGAACAAAACCACCUGAGUGACACUGAACGCACAGCUGCAUGCAUAACACACACGGUAGAAAGAUAGAGGCUGCUGUCAACAUUGCGCACAUCGACUUCACGUAACCGAGAACUAAGGUAGAAAACCCACAUUUACUUCAUCUUCUACAAGACAGGGAAAAGAUACGAGAGACGUUUUUUCUGGAUUAUCUAACUAUAGCUACUGUUUUGUGGAUGUGUUUUAAAAAUUAAAUGAAAGUGUGGUGAAUUUUUGCGGUGGUGUUUGGAACACUUCCGGAUUCCGAGUGAGUGGUUGUACUCACUGUACUAACCCGGGACGGUAGUAAUGGCUGGAGCUAAAACACACAAGAGGGUGUUCAAGUUGGAAGAUGUCGAAGUGCCUGAAUGGAUGACCAAAGGCAACAAGUUCAUCAAAUGGGAUGAGGAAGGCAGUACUGGUACACCUGUCACAUUGCGUGUUGAUGAACACGGCCAUUUCCUCUACUGGAAAAACCAACUCAAGGACACAGACUGCCUUGAGCUGACCAGUCUGCGAGAUGCAAGAUUCGGAAAAUAUGCAAAUGUCCCCAAGGAUGGGAAGAUGCGAGAAACAUGCAUUAUGGGAUCGCCAGACAUUCCUCUGGAAGAUAAAACGUUAACCAUUGUCCAUGGACCAGAUAUGGUCAACAACAGUACUCUUAAUUUCUGCUCAAACAGCGACAAACUAACACAGGAUUGGGCAGAAGUGAUCUUGAAGAUCGGAUACCAUAGGUCAGCGCAGUAUCCCUCACCAUACAAACUUCUGGAAAAAAUUUACACAAAGUUGACUAUCAUGCUGAACAAGGAAGGGAAAAUACCGAUUAAAAGCAUUAAAAAGAUGUUUGCGUCAUCAAGGGAAGACAAGAAGAAAGUUGAGAAUGCUCUACAGGCAGCGGGCAUCCACAUUGACAAAAAGGAUGAGAGUAUUCCACCAACAAGCUUUCGUAUUGAGGAUUUCUUCACAUUCUACACAAGGCUCAUCAGCCAGAAGGAAAUUGACAAAGUUUUUCAAGGACUGGGAGCCAAGAACAAACCCUACCUGACUACGCAGCAGGUCAUCACUUUCUUGAACAAUGAGCAGAGGGACCCUCGACUGAAUGAGAUCAUUUACCCAUUCUAUGACGUCCCACGGGCCAAGGAUCUCAUCAACCAAUUCGAACCCAACAAAGCAUUCAUGAGGAAAGGUCAGCUUUCCGUGGAUGGACUCCUGCGAUACCUACUGAGUGAAUCAAACUCUGUAGUAGGACCCGAUGCUUACCUGAUGUGCCACGACAUGGAUCAGCCCCUCAUGCAUUACUUUAUUAAUUCAUCUCACAACACGUACCUAACAGGGCAUCAGUUGACAGGAAAAUCUUCGGUUGAGAUGUACCGCCAGGCCCUUCUCUGUGGUUGCCGCUGUGUAGAGUUGGAUUGCUGGGACGGCAAGACGGCAGAAGAAGAACCCAUUAUUACACACGGAUACACGAUGUGCACUGAAGUCUCAUUCAAGGAGGUGAUAGAGGCCAUUAAAGAGACUGCCUUCAAGACGACAGAUUUCCCUGUGAUUUUGUCAUUUGAGAAUCACUGUGGUCCCAAGCAACAGGCUAAGAUGGCCAACUACUGCCGGACAAUCCUUGGUGAUGCACUGCUGAUUGACACAGUUGAUGGAUUCCCGCUUGACAUGGGCGCCGUUCUCCCAAGUCCUGACAAUUUACGGGGCAAGAUCCUGGUUAAAAACAAGAAGAGGAAAGUUGUCGAAGGAGGAAAGAAACGAUCAGGUCAGAGGAAACAAUCUAAAGACAGUGAUCGUAAAGUUUCAAUUGGGUCCAAUAAGUCACGUCGUGAAAGUCAAACUCAAAACUCAAAUGAUGGAGAAGGAACAAGAAAAUACUCGGAAAGCCAAUCUAGGAAAAGCAGCGUUGAAAGUAUGACAGGGGAAGGGAAACACCGAGAUAGCCAGCAUAAACUAUCCACCUCCAGUGAUGGAAGUAAUGGGGAAGUAUUUUCUAGGGGUCGUGAGAGCUGUAGUAAAGAACCAUCCGAGCAACGAAUAGAGGAAGAGGUACCCGAAGGUACCAAAAAGCGGCGACAGGGUCAUAUCCAAAUCCCACAGCUGGAGAUAGCAGAAGGGGAAGCUCAGGUUGUCAAUGUCAAGUUACGUGAUAGUCCAGCUGUAAGUCCUAAAGUUCCCCAUAAGAAGAAAGACUCUGUCACUGAUAGCCCCCAGCUACCCCAAAAGAAGCAAGACCCUGUCACUGAUAGCCCCCAGCUACCCCAAAAGAAGCAAGACCCUGUCACUGAUAGCCCCCAGCUACCCCGAAGAAAGGAUGAAAGUAACAAUAACACAGACAUAAAAUUAACAGUCAGCGAAGGAAACACGACGCAGACUCCGUCAACUCCAGCCUCCACUCCAGCUGCUAAGACCUUCUCCACAGACAGCGAAAGGAGUGUUGACAGCAGCAUCAGUAAAGGAAUGAACGACACGCUGGACGAGGUGGAAGAAGAAAGCGACAGCGAUGACGAUGAGGAGAAUAUGAGUAAAGAGGAGGCACAGCGCCAUCAGAUGGAGAAACGGGAGAAGGGUACAGCAGGGCAGGAAGCUGAAGCCGGCCGUGAGAUGUCCGCUCUCGUCAACUACAUUCAGCCUGUCCACUUCCACACAUUCGAGGCAUCAGAAAAGAGGAAUCGGAGUUAUGAGAUCUCAUCCUUUGUUGAGACGUCAGCGAUGAAUAGAGUCAAGGAAAAUCCCAUCCAGUUCACAAACUACAACAAACGACAACUUUCCCGUAUCUAUCCAAGAGGAGCAAGGGUCGACUCUGGCAACUAUAUGCCACAGAUCUUCUGGAAUGUCGGAUGUCAGAUGGUUGCGUUAAACUACCAGACCCUUGAUCUUCCAAUGCAGCUGAAUAUGGGUUAUUUUGAGAUAAACGGUCGCACUGGGUACAUUCUUAAGCCAGAGUUCAUGAGACGUAAAGAUCGCCUCUUUGAUCCGUUUGCCGAGUCUACAAUGGAUGGUGUAGUGGCAGCCACGGUAGAAGUCAGAGUCAUAAGUGGUCAAUUCUUAAGUGAUCGAAGGGUCAACACAUACGUAGAAGUGGACAUGUUUGGCCUCCCUGCUGACACGGUGCGGAGGCGCUACAAGACCAAGUCAUCCAGUUCUAACUCCAUCAAUCCCGUCUUUGAUGGUGAUCACUUUGUCUUCAGAAAGGUUAUUAUGCCCGAGUUGGCCAUGCUUCGUAUUGCAGUGUUUGAAGACAAUGGAAAGAUGGUUGGACACAGAAUACUACCUGUGGAAUCACUCAGACCAGGGUACCGCCACAUCUUCCUGUGCAACGAGUCCAACCAGCCCCUGAUGCUCCCUACACUCUUCCUCAACAUUAGGGUAAAAGACUACGUUCCCGAAGGGAUGAUCAACUUUGCCGAUGCUCUGGCCAAUCCCAUCGCCCAUCAGAGCAAGGUGGAGAAGAGAGCCGCUCAGCUCAAGGCUCUGGAGGAAGAGGAGGUUAAGGUCAAAGAACAAGAGAAGCCACAGGACCAAGAGAAUGGGGAGGAAGAGGAGACUCCGGAGGUUGCCGAGGGCGUUGUAGAGCGUAAACCCUCGGACGCUCCUGCCUCAACCACCCCAGUCGCCCCUAGCACAACCACCGGGGCCUACCGUAAGAACACCAUCACUGAACAGAAUGGCGUGAAAUCCAGCUCUAAACUUCAGAAUAGCAUGGCUGUACUUACUCCUGCCUCCUCGCUGGGCGACAGCAUGGCCAUGCCCAGAUCCAGAUCUCUGGGCACUGCCCAGUUUCAGAUGGAAUCCAUGAGCUCCCCUCUCAAUCAGAACAGUCGCAGCAUUAGUGCACCCAAUUUGGGUCAAUCAGAGGAGAUACAAGCUGCUACCCUAGAUGAUAUUAAACAACACAAGAAAUACAAGAAAGUCGUUCAGCGUCUGAACAAUGAGCUGGAAAAAUUGAUCAAGAAGGAGGAGAAGAAACAGAGCAAACUCAAGAGAUCCCACGUGAAGGAAAUCGGCAAACUACGUAAAUCCCACCAAAAGGCUUAUAAGUCACUCGCUAAGAAGCAGACUGAUCAGAUCAAGAAAGCAGCCAAGAAAGGCCUGUAA